AUGAGCAGGCUUGACUGGAAGGAUGCCAGGAUAGUCGACCAGACAGUUGAGAUCCUUGGCCCAAAAGAAAGCCUGUAUACAAAGACACCUGGGCCGAUCAGUGCAGAAAGCAGAGACUUGUCGUAUUUUCAUGUUGUGUCGCAGAGCCAAUCCAGAAAGACAGUGGCUGGGCUGUUUGGAUACGGGUCUGCUGGAAAGACAACACUUAUUAAGACACUUGGCAUGGCAUGCAACAUUCGUGGAGCAUCUGUGCAUGCUCCUACAGAAACACUGUACGAAAGGGAAAGAGAGGCCACACUGCAUGUGCAUCCAAUGGUUGCAUUUUUAUCAGGCAAGCACACUCCAUCGCAUGUUCUCACGCUUAUCGACACUUCAGGCCAUGCUGACAUGAUAUUUCGGACCAUUCAGAUGAUUGAGUGUGUUGAUAUUGCAAUUGUACUGAUUGAUGUAACAGGGCAUUUGUCGUUGUGCCAUAGGGUUCUUCUCGAUGCAAUUAGGAUGAGCGGGAAACCUUCUGUUGUGAUUCUGAACAAGAUUGAUGCGAUUGCGGAUGAUAAUGUGAGUUCUGCAGAGAAAGUGACGAAGGCUUUUAUGGAUUUGAUCUGUAAUGCAUUAGGAUCAAUACCAUGCCUUAUUGCAUCACUCAAGAAUGGUUGGAUCAGAGUGAUUGAUGGCCCAUUUGACAACAUACUAGCGGAUGGAAUAUCGAAUGGCACUAAGAAGCAUGCAUGGAAUGAUGUAGCCGACGUGCUUGUGGGUAUUAUAUCAAAAUCAAUGAGUAACUGUAUAAAGCAAAAAGGUUUGACGAGCAUAUUGGGAUUUACGUUGUUUGAGGAUGUUGUUUUGUGUAGCUUGAUUGCAGAUGAAAAAGUGUGUGCUGGAUCGUUACUGGAUGUAAAUGGGAAGGAGAUGACGGUUGAGAACAUUUAUAUUCCUGUGUGUGGGUGUUUAGUUGAGACUGAUUGCAUUGGAAGUGGAAUAGGUGUUUUGAUCAGAUUUGAUCAAGAUGAAGUGUUGAGUACUUCGCACGCCAAAACUGGAUAUUCUGCCGAAAACAUUGUGAAACUGAUUGAAUCAGAGCUGUGCAGGCUGAGUUUGCUUGAUAUGCUGAAGCCACUAAAAAUGGCAGGAUGCUUGGAAGGAGUUAUCAAGGUAAAGGUAUCUGCUGAUGACCAAAGCUUGUUUGAAAGUGGAAUAAAGAAGCUGAAAAUAGUGUAUUAUGGACUGACAUAUCAUACAGAUGUUCUUGGAGGGCCUGGCGAGGCGUUUCUGGAUGCUGUAUUGCAUGAUCUAAGAGCUGUACUGGGGAUCAGGUUUGAGGUUGUUGCUGUGUUCUGCGAUUUGAAGGAAGCUAUUGUGAAUGAGUUCGAGAUGGAUGGUGAAAGUAAUGCUGCAUUCAAGAUAAAUGGAUAUGCGAAUGGCAAAGCUGAUUGUAAUCAGUUUAAAGGAAUUGAAAUGCUUGUGAACAUUGGGCCUGUGCUUGGUAAGCAGCUUAAUAAUUCAUAUGUAGAGGUGUUGCAUAGAGAUUAUAAUGAAAAGGCUUACUUGAGUACAGAGCAUGCAAGCAAAGGGCUACUGAAUGAAAUACUUGAUGUGGUUAAAAGCAGCACAAAGUUUCUAGAGCCAAUGUGUCUGAUGGAGAUAGUAUACAUGGAAGAUGCAAAGGAGUUAGUGUGUGAAAUGAUCUGUAUGUCUAAAGGGCAAACCAUGUAUGAAAGCGUGGCUGCGCCAAGUGGAAUGAGAAGCAGAAUGUGCCUGCUUCCAAUUGCAGAGUGUUUUGGAUUUGAAAGCGAUCUUAGGAAUUAUUCUUGUUGCUUAGCAGACUGCACAAUGAUCCCAUUCUGCUGGAAUGUCUUGGACGAUGUAGCAAGGCUAAACAUAUACACCCAGUUUAUGGAUACAAUCAAUAGUAUGCAUAAAGAGCAAUGCACUGGCUGUGCAUCAUGCGCUACAAACUCAACUGUUGCUAAUCAUGCGCUAUAA